CCAGACUCGAAGGCCCACCUGUGGAGUGGGUCUGAGAUGCCCAGCCUGUGUUCUCGGUCUGCUUGUCUAUUGUUAUCAAAUGUGGGCUGGGCCCCGGCGUCUGUGACUUCAUCCCAUGGUGGCUGGAGUCUAGGAUAAGACUCAUGGUUGUCCCAAAGGUGCAGGCAAACUCCACCCCGGGGAGCUGUUGUGCGUGCAUUGCCGGGUUGCUGAUCCACUGACUGAGUGGUGCCGUGUACUUCUGUCACAAGAACCAUAACCAUAACGACAGCCACACAGCGUGGACCUAGCGUGUGCUUAGCUCUGGACAAGACAUGGAUGUAGGCAGACGUGCUUCCUGCCUGCUGCGCUUAGUGCACUGAUGCUAAGGACAGACAUGAAGGGCUUGGGAAAGGCGUGAAGAGGCAUGGAGUCCGGGAGAGAGAGGAUAAGAAAAGCAAGCAUUUUGUGCUGGGUUGAAUUGCGUUGUCGUUUUCAGAGGCAUUUCGUGAUCCACGGUUGCGCUCCCGCGAAGAGCGAGUCUGGAGAAGGAUUCGGAAGCGGCGGCGGCGAGCGCGGCUCAGGUUGAUUUAGAACACGGGUGACAGUGGCCUGGCGCGAGCCCACUGCUGACGACAGCGGCUUAGCCCGCGCGGUUUCCAUGGAGACGAGCCGGGGCCGCGGCGGCGGCGGGGCUGUCAGCGAGCGCGGCGGAGCUGGCGCGUCCGCGGGGGUCUGCAGGAGGAAGGCGGAGGCCGGGGCCGGGACCCUCGCGGCAGACAUGGACUUGCAUUGUGACUGUGCCGCCGAGACGCCGGCCGCCGAGCCGCCGUCGGGGAAGAUUAAUAAGGCUGCCUUCAAAUUGUUCAAGAAAAGGAAAUCGGGUGGCACCAUGCCCAGCAUUUUUGGGGUCAAAAACAAAGGGGACGGGAAAAGCUCGGGUCCGACGGGGCUGGUGCGGAGCAGGACCCACGACGGACUGGCCGAGGUGCUGGUGCUGGAGAGCGGCAGGAAGGAGGAGCCGCGCGGCGGGGGCGACGGCGGCGGGGGCGGCGGGGGGCGGCCGAACCCGGGGCCCCCCAGAGCCGCGGGGCCCGGCGGGGGCUCCCUCGCCAGCAGCUCGGUGGCCAAGUCGCACAGCUUCUUCUCGCUGCUGAAGAAGAACGGGCGCUCGGAAAACGGCAAGGGGGAGCCCGCAGACGCGAGCAAGGCCGGCGGCAAACAAAAGCGGGGGCUGCGGGGGCUGCUGAGCGGCGUGCGCUGGCACCGGAAAGACAAGCGGGCCAAGGCGGAGGCCGCGGAGGGGCGCGCGGCCGGGGGCGGCCUGAUCCUGCCCGGCUCGCUCACCGCCAGCCUGGAGUGCGUCAAGGAGGAGACGCCCAGAGCCGCGCGCGAGCCGGAGGAGCCCGGCCGGGACGCCCCGCGAGACCCAGCAGGUGAGCCCGCAGGGGGAGAGGAGGUGCCCGCCCCCGCCGACCGCGCCCCAGCGCGGAGCUGCCGAGAGGCCGAGGGCCCCGACCCCGGCGCGCGGGGAGAGGACGCCGCGGGGCAUCGGCGCGCCGAGAAGCCCCGGGGACCCCCCGAGCCGGGGCCCGGGGAGGUCCGCACGGCCGAGGACGCGUCCAGGACGGGGGCCGUUCCGGUCAAGACGGUCCCCCUUGUCGACUCCGAAGGCGGCAGCGGCCGGGCGCCCUCCGCCCCGGACCCUGCCUCUGUCGAUCCACCCUCAGACCCGUCGGCAGAUCGUAUUUGUUUGAUGUUUUCUGACGUGACUUCACUGAAAAGCUUUGACUCUCUUACAGGCUGUGGAGAUAUUAUUGCAGACCCAGAGGAGGAGGCAGGUCCCAGCUGUGACAAGCAUGCCCCCGGGCCAGGCAAGCCGGCUCUCUCUAAAAAGAACCCCGGCGUGGUGGCCUACCAGGGAGGCGGGGAAGAGAUGGCCAGCCCGGACGAGGUGGACGACACCUACCUGCAGGAGUUCUGGGACAUGCUGUCCCAGACCGAGGAGCAGGGCCCCGGGCCCCAGGAGGGCGCGGCUAAGGCGGCAGCGGCGCUGGAAACCAAGGUGGCGCCCGAAACCCCCAAAGACAGCAGGUGCGUGGAAGCGGCCAAGGACGCGUCCUCGGUCAAGCGCAGGAGGCUCAACCGGAUUCCCAUCGAGCCCCAUCCGAAGGAGGAGCCCAAGCACCCGGAGAAGGAGCAGCAGGAAGGCGUCCCCAACAGCGACGAGGGCUACUGGGACUCCACCACGCCAGGCCCAGAGGAAGACAGCUCGAACAGCGGCAAGAAGGCGGGCAUCCCCCGGGAUAGCUACAGCGGGGACGCGCUCUACGAUCUCUAUGCUGACCCGGACGGAAGCCCAGCAACCCUUCCUGGGGGGAAGGACAACGAGGAGACGUCCUGCCUGUCCCGGUUAAAGCCCGUAUCUCCAGGCACCAUCACUUGUCCACUGCGAACACCAGGCAGCUUGUUGAAGGACUCUAAGAUCCCUAUUAGCAUCAAGCACCUGACCAACCUUCCAUCUAGCCAUCCCGUGGUGCACCAGCAACCCUCCAGGAGUGAGAUGCCCAGAACAAAAAUCCCGGUUUCCAAAGUGCUGGUCCGCAGAGUCAGCAACCGGGGCUUGGCUGGGACCACCAUCAGGGCAACGGCCUGCCACGACAGUGCCAAAAAGUUGUGAGGUCUUCCAGGCCAAAGUGGAUGGGCCACAUGUCAAGGAAUACAACUUUUCCCUGGAAACCACUGCAGUUAGUUUUGCUUUUCCUAAAGAAAGUGUUUUAGGACACCACCCGUCCCCGCCUGCUCCAGAGCAUGGACCGAGGAGGUUUCUGUGCCCUGAGCAGGGACAGGAUAACACCAGAAAGAGGGAUGCUACACUUGGGAUUCUCCUCUCAAGAUAAGUCCCUGAGAAUUAUUUUCAAGCACUUUUUUCUUUUUUACCUUUAAGUUUUUCUUCUUUUUUUCUUUAAUAUAGUGAACACUUGGAAGUCACCUUUACUUGCCUUUGCAGAAAACAGGACUUAGCCAAACCUAAAUAAGAGUCAUGCCUGGAUAUUGGGGUGAUGCAGUGUCCGGAGGCCUGAAGGAACCACUGAAGAACCAGAGGAGAUCUCCUCUUCCAAGACAGAUUUCCUUCCUUCCCUUAUUUCCUCUUUCCUUUCCAGGAAAAAAAAAGAAAAGAAAAGAAAAAAAAAGAAAGAGGCUUUGCUGUAUCACUGUGUGGAAAACACCUCCAAAGCUGAAAGAGCCAGGUAUUUACCUGAUGAGCAGAGGGGACCAUUGAUUGGCAGAAAACUUCCCUACUUCAGUUGCUAGAUAUGCAAAUUGAUAAGUAUCUAACUCUAGGAAAAUAAAGGCGAGUUUUGGUUUGGUUGAUUUCAGUAAUUUGUUUGGGGAGAUAUAAAAGGCUCAGGAGAGCAGGCUUUUGCUUUUGUUUGUUUCUUCCCCCACCCAGUGCAGAAAUCAGGAUCAGGGAAAGAUUUUACUAAAUGCCAAUAGAUACAGUAUUUAAGCAUUUAUAAGCUGAAACCUUCUCAUGUGAAGAUAAUGCAUAUUUUACAGUUUAUCCAGCUGUUAACAUUUUGUAAUCGUCAAUAAUCUAGAAUAUAAAAUCCGGUCUUACAGCUAGACGUGAUGACGGUCCCCAAACCAUUGACGUUCUGUUAUGUACUGUAAUGGGAAGAGAUUCUGGUUUUGUUUUAUAUGGGUCCUCUGGUUCUCAAAACAGCAACAACAACAAAUCUAUUGUGCUGGUGUCCCAGAGGAAUGGCUCUGCCUUGUUUUGGGUAAGAGUCUGUUUCUCACCCCAAUGCCUCUUUUCAGAUAUUUUUUUUAACCUUGAUUAUAAAAUUUUGGAUCCAACCAUUCCUCAAUAUGGUGAGUGCAAAAUGAGGAACACAUAAAGAAAAACAAUAGAAAGAUAUAGUUUUUCACGUCAUUUGCCUUUUGCUUUAUGGACUUAUGAUGAAGACAAGUGUGUGCAGAAUAUGACAUUGGCAAGCUUAUGUAUUGUAAACCCUUCAUGCCAAGAUUUUUUUUUGAAAAGUUGUUUGCUUCUAUGUAUGUUUUCUAAUAUUUCAGAUGAAACAUUAAUUUCAGAAAGGGUUAUUAUAUGCUUAGUUUCAAUGAUAAACUGAAGCAGUUCCUAGAAUGCUAUUAGUGUCUAAUGAUGAAAUUAAUAUCCUUUUUUAAAUACACUUCAGUGUAUUUAAUCAAAAGACCAGAGCUGCUACUAGGAGGUGAUUCAUCAUAGCAGGAAGAUUAUGCAUAUUCAAGUGAAACUACACAUAUGUAAAUGACAUGAACACUUCUGUGUAAGUCUCAUUUCCAGAGAGAUUGCAUUAGUAAUGAACUGUUAUUACAUGCUUUUUCAGUUUGUUUUCUGUUUCGUAAAUGAAAGAAUAAGGCAAGUUAAAUAUAUGAAAACCUAUUUUAAUAAUAUGAAGAAAGUAACAAAAUAAAUGGGCAUCAAAGGAAAGCAAAUUUGAGCCAGUAGCAGAAAGUAGGCCAUUCCCCAUUUUAAAUUUGUAGUGAUUCAAUUAGGAGAGGUUUGCUGAAUUUCUUCAUUAGUCAUAUGACUGGCUUUUAUUGCGUUGUCUCAGAUCCAUAAUGCUUUUUCAAAGUAAUCUUUUAAUAUUUAAUUUCUUUAUGUGUGUAGCUGAGGCCCUAUAUGCAGUCAUAGCCUUAAGCAUUCUGAACACACUACCAGGAAUUCAUGUAAGCAUCUCACACUCACGUGCUCAUGCACACAACUGUGUACAGACUAACAGACAAAAGACAUCUACUCUAGAUUUGAAAAUUAUUUUUGAAAUUAUUUCUGUAUUAAACAAGGGAUUUAAAUUUGAUUUCAUGCCGAUAGUACUAUUUAGACUCAAAAUAUAUUCAUCUUCCCCUAGUGAAUGGAGAAAAUAUAAAUUUUAUUCCUAGCUGUAAAACAAAGGAUCUUGAUUUCCUUGUGGUACCUUUUCCUGCAAGGGUUAUAUUCUCCUUUGCAUGAAUCCAUGGCAAAGUUAUGUUCGUUCAUUUGUUCAUUUGUACAGGAAAGUUAAGAAUACCUGAAAAACUUAUGAGAAUAUUGUAAUAGUAAAGGCAAUCUAUUUCUUAAGCAGUAGAAGAGAAGUUUUUGCUUUCCUGAUUUUCGGACUUAUUCCUCCAUUUACAUCAUUAUGCUGUGUCUCCUCUUUAUAAGAAAAGGAACACGUGAGCAAAGUUUAUCUUAAUUUCCACUGGCCUGUCAAUUAACCAGUUAUAAAAGGUAUAAAAUAUUUUCUUUUUAAAUUUAUAUUUUCCACCUUUUUUUUUACCUUAUAUUUUUAAGAAUUACACCCACACCAAUCAAAUAAAGGACUUGGGCAAUGAAUUAAACAGCCUCAAUCACUUGAUGGGAAAUCCCUGGAGUGGCAGGAAGAGUAGAUUCUCAACUUUUUCCAACCAUGGAAAAGGGAUCAUAGUUGCUUUCUUGUGCCAAGGGCUACUUUCUCUCAUUUGUGUUCACGGAGAUUGUUUUUUCAAGAAUUUUCCUAGAUUUAUGUUCCAAUUUUUAUUAAUGCAUUAUAUCUAAUGACCUUGUGAAGAUUAUUCAGGCCCAUAUUUGCUGACUUUUUAAGGGAAGGAUUGGAUAGAGGCUAAUUGUAUCUUUCCCAUGUAUGUAUAUUCUAAGGUACUUGGUUGAUUGACUUCCUUUGGUUGAAAAGCUGCCCAAAUUAGACAGGAAAAAGUCCAACCAAUUGUUGGACGAAAAUUUAUCAGUUGGCUUAAUAGCUCUGCACAAAGAUAGCCUGACUUUAAUGUCUAUAUUACACAUACACUGUUAUUUGAAACACUCUGCUUUAGUACAGAUGGUGGUUGAUGCUUUUAGCCUGCCAUUAGCACCAACUGGGAGAAAUUUUACUGCAACAUUUUAAAUAAUCACAAGAGGAAAUAGAUUUUUAUUAUUUUAUCUAAUAACAACAAUAGAAUAUAGAAUACAAAGGACUUCCUUUAGAUACAUUUUCCACAAAUUAACUGCUUAUUUAAAUACAAAGGGUUUAAUAUCUAUAAAGGUAAUAACUCACUGUGUUUAAAGGAUUUAUUUCUUCAUCUCAGAGGUAAUCGUCAAGUAUUUGCAAUUAAACCGUAUGCAAAUAGCCCUUUGCUUACACAAUUAUCCAGGUAAAAAGACUAUGUCAGGUGUUGAGAUUUCUUUGAAUUUUCUAAGAGUUUUCAUUAUUUACACCUUUGUCAGAUUAAUUUUAAAGGCGACUCCUGACUGUUAGCUUGGUGUGAAGAGAUCCACUCAGGCAGCUCGUGUCUCCUAAAUGCCCUCAGACAGCAGUGACGGGACACUUCACAUGACGCUAGCAUAUUUGCUGUGUUCGCAUGGCAGAAUGCAUUCCCUGCUGUUAGUCAUCUAGAUUUCUCUCCUGAAUUACAAAUACAUGGAUUUGGCUCCCCUGACGCUUGGCUUCUACUGAGACCUGUUCCAGUCCAUUCACAUAUGCUUUGCUCCCCUUCUCAUUGUUAAGAUAUUAAUUCAAGAAGUUUUUUGCUGUUAAACAUAAGGAAAAAGCAUCACAAUCGCCUCGUCUCAUCACUGAGGAAAGCUAGUUUAAAGUAUCUGAGUCAAAUAAGAGAAAAAACCCAAAUACCUCACCUAACCCAGUUUCCCUUUCCCCGCCUCCGGGCAGAGCAAGGAAAGGAACAGUUCUUAUUUGUGUAAACUCAGCCUUAGAAAAUGUCAAUUCAUAACACACAAAAAUAUUUAUGAAACAGUUUGGGACCAAGGGGGGUAGUAUGGUAGACGGGUGUCUUAUAGAGCCUGUGUGGGGAAGCAAAAGGCAAGGGUGUAGUUCACAGGCAGAAGCAAGCUGUAACACUGUCAGUGCAGUGUGUAAGUGUGGCUCCUCACAGGCGGCCAUCCAUUGUGAGACCUCAUCUUGCUCUGAAGAUUUCCUGGUGGCUGUCAUGCAUUCAUUGCUUCUCAAAAGCCUUGCACUGUGAUAAGGGUUUAAAGGAGACAGAUUGUUGCAACAAUAGCACUUCUAAGGAAUGUUUUUAUGUCACUGCAGAUGAUGUUUUUAAGAGGUGAUUCAGAAUGAUAGUUUCAUGAUUACGGAAAGGAGUUCCUCCUCAAACUACCAAAGGAAAGAUGAAAAUAGUCACGAAGCCUCCAGAACUGAGAUUGGGCACCUUUCAUCAUUGAUAUUUACUUUAAUUCAAUGCAACACACAUUUAUGGGGCAUCUACUGUAUCGAAUACUUAAUAAAACCCCUUCAGUUUGGAGCUCACACCUAAGCUGUGCUGUAAUUGGAUUUUCUUAAUAUACAUUAAAAACACAAAACAAUUUUAUUUUACUUUUUUUGGUAUUUGCAUUUGUUGCUUAUAGUUUGUGGGGUGAAGCAGAGUGGUGUGAGGUCGAGGAAGGGCACUAUGAAUUAAGCCACACGAAUGCCUCUAAAAAAUAGUAAAUAUAACAAUGGUUAACGUUAGUUGAAUACUUACGAUAUGUCAGGCGCUGCUAGGAGAUUUAGAAAUAAUUACUUAGUCCUCUUAACAGCCAUAUGGGGUAGGUAAUAUUAUCUCUCCAGUAUGACAGCUUUAAUUCAUCCCUUUUGUUUCUAUCCCUUUCCAUCUCUGUCUCUCUCUCUCUCUCUCUUUUCCCCUAGUCUCUAAGACAGGGAUAUAAACUCUUUAGUGAUUUGCAGUAAUAGAAGAGCUAAGUACUGCUUAGUGUCAUUGUCAGCUCGCUUGUAAUAGAAAGAGCUAACCCAGGUCCAUGCAGCUGCAAAUUAGUUUUGUGUCUGAGAUGACGGUGCUCACAAUCAUAUACAGGGAACCCUGCCACUGUGCUACGCUGAGUAGGCAAACAUUGGCCUUCCCUUGGACGGAUCCUCUUCUCUUAGGAUUAACAGAAAUCUCUUCUGUUGUCAUGGCGAUACUUCUUCCCUGAUAGGGUAUCAUUCAUUCCAAGCAUGUUUGUUUCAUUUGUUUUUAUUCCUACCUUAAACCCAGUCUUGAUGGGUUCUGGGUGGUCUAUGCAUAUGUGUGUGUGUUUUAAUUGAAGUAAGAAUAUUGAAUAUGAGAUCUACCCUCUUUUUUUUUUUUUUGAGAUGGAGUCUCAUUCUGUUGCCCAGGCUGGAGUGCAGUGGCGUGAUCUCAGCUCAUUGUAACCUCCACCUCCCAGGUUCAAGCGAUUCUCCUGCCUCAGCCUCCCAAGUAGCUGAGACUACAGGCGUGCACCACCACGCCUGUUAGUUUUUGUAUUUUUAGUAGAGACAGGGUUUCACCAUGUUGGCCAGGCUGGUCUCAAACUCCUGACCUCAAGUGAUCUGCCCGCCUCCACCUCCAAAGUGUGGGGAUUACAGGCAUGAGCCACUGCACCCAGCCUACCUUCUUUAAUUUUUAAGUACACAAUAGAGUAUUGUUAACUAUAGCCACAGUGUUGUACAGCAAAUCUCUCUAACCUGUGCAUCCUGCGUAACUGAAACUCUAUGCCCAUUGAACAGCAGCCCCUCGUUUCCUCCCCCAUCAGCCCCUGGCAACCAUCAUUCUACUCUCUGCUUCUAUGAGUUUGGCUAUUUUAGAUCCCUUAUAGAAGUGGGAACGCGCAGUAUUUGUCCUUCCGUGACUGGCUUAUCCCCCAAGUUUACCCAUGUUGUUGCAUAUGGCAGGAUUUCCUUCUUUUUUCAGGCUGAAUAAUAUUUCCUUAUAUGUAUAUGCCGCAUUUUUAAAAACCCAUUCAUCCACUGACAGACACUUACAUUAUUUUCACAUCUUGGCUAUUGUGAGUGAUGCUUCAGUGAGCAAGGGAGUGAAAAUAUCUCUCUUUAAGAUCCUGAUUUCAGUUUUUUUGAAUAAAUACCCAGAGGUGGAAUUACUGGGUCAUUCAUAUGGUAAUUCUAAUUAAAAAUAGAAUUAUUUUUAAUUUCUGGAAGAACUUCUGUGCUGCUUUCCACAGUGGUUUCAUCUGUUUACAUACUUAGCAACGGUGCACAAGGAUUCCAAUUUCUCCACAUCUUUGCCAACUGGUUAUCUGUGUUUGUUUCAAUGACAGCUGUUUAAGUUGUCCCUUGCCUUGAUGCAAUUCUGAACUUCAGAAAUAAGCACCUGGCUCCUUUAAAAGCCGUCCAUCCUAUGUUGUGUCCACAGCCACAGAAUCCUGUCCUACAUUUUCUGAUUCAUUAACUCAUUCAACUAAUAGCUAUUGAACACCUUCAAUAAGUCAGUCACCAUGAAGACGAGUAUUUUAUAUUGAAUUCUAUUCACAUAUCCUCUAUGUUUACUAUGGUGCCAGGCAGGAUACUGUGUGCUUUUUUUUUUUACAUUGUUAUCUUUACUGUUCACAAGAACCAUGUAAGGUAGGUAUUGGUAAAAUGGGGUAAUUUUGGAAAUUCUUCAAUAAUCGAGUAGAAUAACUUUCUGCUCUAUGGGAGAAGAUACGUUUUAAAUAAGAUAUGGCUUAGGUUUCUGGUUACUUGAGACAUAUUAUAGUUUCUCAGAUACUCUCAGACCUGAAUCACUUAACAAAAUAAAGCAGAAAUACUAAAAAUAUCUGGUUCAAUAGCAUAGGGGCAUGGAGUAGACAUGCAGAAAAUACUUGUUCACUUGCCUUGAAAUGGCUCCAGGUGGCCUGAAGGAAUCAAUGAACCUUCUCAAAUAUCUACAUUACAACCAUUGGUCCCUACUACACAUUUAUUUCUAAAUAAAGGAGGAGAAACGCUAGCAAAGUAAUAUUUAACAUUUUCACUGCUUCCAGGAUAAAUCUUACUGAAUAUGGAGGAUCUGAUAGUCGUAGGUCUACAGGAAUAUCAGGGAAAAUGCUUUGGAUGUUGUAGGCAAAGUAGAUUCCUAUCAUUUGUACUUGACACUAGCUACCUAGCAGGCUCAUUGUGAACUUCAGGUUUUGCCCAUGUUAUUUAUAUAAAGUAUCUCAGUGUAAUAUAGGGAAUUGCAGGUUAUUUGAAAAUAGUAACAAAGAAAACCCAAACGAGAAACUCCAUUUCUAGAAUUAGUUUUCCUGAAAGUCAGGCAUGUCUUUGAGGACAAACUGUUGGCGGUAUUAUUUUUGUGCACAGGAGGAAAAUUGUUCGUAGGUUUAUAGAUAUUAUUUUUAUAAUAGAAUGUGAAACCCCUGAAAAACAUCAAAAAUUGUCUCCUAGAACUAAUUCUAUGUUUUAAAAACUUGUUUUAAAAAGGGAUUCUAAAUAGCAAUAGGGUCUUUUCUCCUUUCUCCACUCCAAUGGUUUAAUGGGAUAGAGGAAUCAAUGUUUAUAUUUUUAAACCUGUAAAUAUUUUAUUUUGGGUAUUUUGUAUAUUUGUUGAUAUAAUUCCAUUUUGUGCAUAUGUACCAUUGUGCAUGUUGCUGUUUUUGAUAGUCACUCUUUUAAUGAAUGUAAGAAGCUUGGACUAAUAGCACUUUUCUUGUUCCAUUCAAACAUCUGAAAAUGAAACUACCACACUGCCAUUUUAACUGUUGUGUUUAAUUUCAGUCAAUAAAUUUUGUUGCUCCUUUGCAUUUAAA